GGACAGCCCGGCGAAAGCAUCCAUAGCGUCGAUUUGUAUAGGUUAUGUUUAAUUGUACUGUGUUAAUUCUGUUAGUUCGUGACUCGAACCCAGAGAAGUUAUGAGUGUUUGAUAAUUGCCGAGACUUAUAGGCAACUACAAUGUCUGGCGGCAUGCUGUAUGGUGGUGAUGAGAUCGGGGCGCUCGUCUUUGAUUUGGGUCAUCACUCGCUGCGGGUCGGUUACGCGCAGGAAGACACACCAAAGGCUGAGAUUCCUGCAGUUGUCGGCGUGGGUGAAGACCCGGGUGCUACGACAGCAACAAAGAAUGACGCCAUGGAUAUAGAUGACAAGAAACCUGACGGCAACAUCACUCAGUCAGGUAGCAAGUAUUACGUCGACACAACGAUACUUCACGUACCUAGGAAGGGAAUGGAAGUCGCCAGCUACAUGAAGGAUGGAAUGAUCGAAGAUUGGGACCACUUCGAAAAGAUUUUGGAUUACACUUAUGCCAAAGUGAUACAAUCUGACGCCGAAUAUCAUCCUGUAUUAUUUUCUGAAUCUCCGUGGAACGUUCGUAGCAAGCGAGAAAAGCUGACCGAAUUAAUGUUCGAGAAAUAUAAUGUCCCUGCUUACUUUCUGGUCAAAAAUGCGGUGCUGGCAGCAUUUGCUAAUGGUCGAGCCACAGGUAUCGUGGUGGACAGUGGAGCUACACACACUUCGGCCGUACCGGUUCAAGAUGGUUUUGUAUUAACUCAAGCCAUCGUCAAAUCACCUCUCGGCGGGGAUUACAUAAGUAUGCAAUGCAGACAAUUUCUACAGGAGCAGGAAAUUGACUUGUCGCCAUCGUACUUGGUGGGCAGUAAAGAAGUCGUGAAAGAUCAAGAGAAGCCUAAAUGGGUGAAAAAGAAGGGUUUGCCGGAGGUAACAAAAUCGUGGCAUAAUUACAUGGUUAAAAAGCUUGUCCAGGACUUUCAAGCGACGGUUCUUCAAGUCUCAGAAACACCGUAUGACGAAAAAAUUGUCUCUUCAGUACCUGCUGUUCAAUACGAGUUCCCAACUGGCUAUCAUCGGGAUUUCAGCACAGAGCGUUUCCGUAUUCCAGAAGCAUUAUUCGAUCCCAGCAUGGUUCAAAUGCGUGGCGGUGGAGUUGGAAAUACGAUGCUCGGAGUCGGACACAUUGUAACAACUAGUGUCGGAAUGUGCGAUGUCGACGUAAGGCCAGCUCUGUACGGUAGCGUCGUAGUAACUGGUGGAAACUCGUUUAUACAGGGUUUUCCAGAAAGGUUGAACAGAGAUCUCUCCAUGAGGAUUCCAUCCAGUAUGCGAUUGAAAGUGAUAAGCGCUAACGGCUGCGCAGAGAGGAGAUUCGGUGCUUGGAUAGGAGGUUCUAUCUUGGCGUCGAUUGGAACGUUUCAACAAAUGUGGAUUUCAAGUCAGGAGUAUGAGGAGAGUGGAAAAAGUCAAGUUGAAAGGAAAUGUCCUUGAUUUGUAAAUCUAAUAUUAACGUUUUUCUAACUACCUCUACUUGCGAAUAGAUGAUGAAUUCCGUGAGUAAAGUAAGCGAGGGUACAGGCUCAGAGUUGUAUGAAAGUUGUAUUGUAAAAUUAAUGGUUCUAGUGUCGAAAAAUUUCGAACUACCAAGAUUUUCUUUGUUCUUCUCAAUUUAUUUAAAUUCAAAUGUUUUACUGUUACUUCAUUUACGAAAAUCAUUGUACAGACUUUCGUUCCUGCAAGUCGUACAUGCGCGAUAACAACUUUUCAAAUAAUAUUUUUACCAGCAGAGUAUGAUAAUAAACAGAUUGCAUACAGAUAUUUUCAACGUUCGUCGUGUAUUGCUGACAUUUUUAUAAUAUAAUAAUAAAACAAAAUCUCUUAAAGUGAUAACAUUCUUGCAUGAUUUUAGCUCCAUUCAAAUUGUUUCACUGAAAACUCAACGUUUCUUCUUGCUCUUUUUCUUUUGAAGCUCAGGCCAGGGAAAUCCUCGAAACUUGAGUACGUCCAUGAUGUUGUGACAAGUGUAAUAAGCGUUAUCCAUCAUUUCCUCAUUGAAUAUAUCCAUCCCAAAUCGAGAUUUCCCCGCACUCUUUUUUGAGCUACGAGAACUCUUUUUGGGUCCUUUCCCGUUUUUACCCGCAGAACCUCCAGAUUUCUCUUUAGCCUUACGGUCUCCCCCUUUUUUCUUCUUUGAUUUUCCUUUUGGCUCCAUGUUUAAACAUUCAUUGAUUAUCUUAUCAUAUAUCAGACAAUAAACAAUUUA